AUGCACAUUGAGAAGAAUAUAUGUGACAAUAUUGUGGAGACAUUGUUGUGCAUGGACAAGUCCAAUGACACGGUCAAGGCUCGGUUAGAUCUGGAAGACAUGGGUAUACGUGAGGGGUUGCAUCUUGAAAGACAUGGAACACAGAAUCAGAAAUUUCCUGAUGGGUUAGCAUCCAAUAUAUCAAGAUGUGUUAAAGAUGGGAAGAUUUCUGGUCUGAAAACACAUGAUUGUCAUGUGUUACUGCAACAACUUCUGCCAGUUGGGAUUCGACCGUAUUUGUCUAAGGAAGUUUGUGAUGCCAUCAUUGGAUUGUCAAGCUUUUUUGAACAAAUUUGUGCAAAGACAUUGAAUGUUGAAGACUUGGAUAGACUACAACAAGAGAUUGUGGUGAUUUUAUGUAAGCUUGAGCAAAUAUUUCCACCGGCAUUCUUCACAGUUAUGGUGCAUUUGGCUGUGCAUUUACCACUCGAGGCAAAACUUGCUGGACCAGUAAUGUAUCGUUGGAUGUACCCGAUAGAGAGGAGGCUAGGAGACUUAAAAUGUUAUGUACGUAACAGAGCCCAUCCCGAAGGUUCCAUUGCAGAGGGAUACAUUGCAGAAGAGUCUUUGAUGUUUUGUUCCUUAUAUCUUCAUGAUAUUGAAACUGUGCAUUCUCGACCUGAGAGGAACUAUGAUGCAGAAGAACCAGAUGCACAACUCUCUGUUUUUGCACAAAACGUACGUGCUUGUGGUGGACGCAAAAUGAGGAAGUGGUCUGAAGCUGAAUUGGAGCCGGCUAAAUGCAAGCAUCGUGAAAUUUUAGAAAGGGAAAGCCCUCUUAAUUUAGAUGAGAGACAAAGGAAAUCAUUCCCACAGUGGUUUAAGAAUCAUAUUAAGGAAUUAUAUUUUGAAGGAUCAGAUGACGUGACUAAAGAGUUAUAUGUACUAUCACAUGGUCCAGAUGCAAGAGUUGCUACCUAUACCAUAUGUACGUUGAACGGCGUUAAAUGGCAUGUUAAGCAGAUUGAGAACAAUAGAACUGUGCAAAAUAGUGGGAUUAUGGUGCCGGGGUCGCACGGUCAACGCAAAUCUGAUUUUUAUGGUCAGUUGGUGAGCGUUGUUGAAAUCCGCUAUGCACAAGGCUAUUCUGUUUUCCUUUUUAAAGGUGACUGGUUUGAUACAGACUCUAAGAAGAGAAACAGGAUUGUUCGAGACUACCAUCUCAAGUCAGUGAACACAAACACUUUGUGGUACAAAAAUGAUCCUUAUGUCUUAGCUACGCAAGCGCAACAAGUUUUUUAUUUUGAUGAUCCGAAGCUUGGUUCUGGAUGGAAAGUUAUUCAGAAAAUUCGACAUAGACAUGUUUGGGAUGUUCCUGAAAAUGAAGAUGAUCAUGACAUGGAAACAAAGUAUGUUGAUGAGGAAGACCAAGUUGACGACUUUGUUGAGCUUAUUGAAGAUGAGAAUGUGAAUCCAGGUAGAGCACUACGUCGAGACAAUGUAGAACCUGAAAUCCAUGUGCUUACUGACAAGGAUUUAGAACAGAGUAGUUCUCAUAAUGUCGAUUUCAUCGAUGAUGAUCCCGAAGAUGAAGAAAUGUUGUCCGCAGAUGAGGAAAACGCUGAGAAUAACGAGGAUGAUUAUGAUAGUGAUCUAGAUUAG